UAAACCUGUCAACGUGCCAAGACAUAAUUUUUCAGUCUCUCUCAACUUUUGCAACAAUUCUCGCAACACCCAUUAACAAAACUCCUGCUUAUAAAUUACUUGAUUAUGGAGAUCUGUCUGCCCAUGGAGAAAAAGAGAGUGCGUCGUGGCUCCAAGAGUGUUGAAUAACCUACCAAAAACUCUACCAUCAUAAAAGUGACCAGCAGCCUGAAGUUUUAUAUUUCAAAAUUUCGAUUUAACGGCAACUCAAGGACACAUGGAGUUUGGACUUUUUACAUCCGAAGGUGGUCCUGGACCUUCUCCUCCGGUAGCUGAUGAGGUGCCUACUCAGGCUCCUAGGUUGGGAAUGUUUAGUAAAGUAACUGACGACGCGGCUCAUUAUCACACCAAAAUAACUAUUGUUGGCGUCGGUCAAGUUGGAAUGGCAUGUGCCUACAGUGUAUUGAACCAGCAUUUGGUGAGCGAAAUUGUGCUGAUGGAUGUGAAUGAGGACAAACUGAAGGGAGAAAUGAUGGAUUUGCAGCAUGGUCUGACAUUUUGCAGACCGAUUAAAAUCUCGGCUGGAACUGAUUAUGCGUUAACGGCAAAUUCAAAAGUGUGCGUGGUCACAGCCGGAGCUCGUCAACGCGAAGGGGAAAGCCGGCUUGAUUUAGUUCAGAGGAAUACUGAUAUUUUCAAAGGCAUUAUUCCAGAUCUUGUCAAAUAUAGCCCAAACACGAUCUUGUUAAUUGUGAGUAACCCAGUGGACAUUUUGACCUAUGUAGCCUGGAAGCUUAGCGGUGGGCUACCUAAACAUCGAGUAAUUGGAUCAGGUACGAAUCUGGACUCUUCUAGAUUUCGAUUCCUAAUGUCCCAAAAAUUGAAUGUUUCUCCGUCAUCUGUUCAUGGAUUCAUUAUUGGCGAACAUGGAGAUAGCAGUGUUCCGGUGUGGUCAACGGCAAAUGUUGCUGGUGUCCGACUAAGCGAAUUACACCCUGACAUUGGAAAAAGUGAUGAUCCUGAGAAAUGGCAUGAAUUACAUGGUCAAGUAAUGGACAGUGCUUACGAAAUCAUUAAGCUCAAAGGAUACACGUCUUGGGCCAUUGGAUUAAGCGUUUCUAGUAUGCUGGAGGCUUUAUUGAUAAAUACGCGAAAUGUGUACGCCGUGAGUACUUUGGCUACCGGAUUUCAUGGAAUUAAGGAAGAAGUGUUUCUCAGUUUACCAUGUGUCCUUGGGUCCUCAGGGGUUUCCCAUAUCGUCAAUCAAAGUUUGACCAAGGAAGAAGAAAAAAGGCUUCAAGACUCUGCUACAGCUUUGCAUUCAGUGCAGAAAGGGUUAAAGUUCUAAACACGUUUGAACCGUGGCUUUGUGACAAUUUAUGUCGUAUUUUGUAUAUAAUUGUUCCGUCUUUGUCCGACAAAAUCCGAAAUAUAUGGAUUUUUCCUUAUUUAACUGCCGGUAUGUCUAUAACCAAUCGUGGUGAUCACGCCAGAUGAACUAAUUUUUAUUUAAACUUGUUAGCUUUACUCCCGAUGUAUAUUUUCGCUUACUUUGUGAAAUAUAUUUAGUUUUUACUAUGAAAUUGAGCAUAAAUAAAUCAGGUUUUGCUGCAUUUUAA